UGAAUGACGUAGCCCCGGUCAUAACUGGAGGAAAAGAAAACACAGAAAACAAUCUGACGGAGCGUUUCCAUUGGUUGAAGGCUCCUGGUACUCAGGAAAGAGGAUGUAGCAUCUCCUGCGGUCGCUUAGCAAACAGGGCAAAUGUGAGGAAAGGGCGGCUGUUUUCGGGUAAAUAUGGGACGGAUAACGGCCACAUGAAUGACAAGGUGAUGAUUCACCGGCAGGUGAUACUGACCCAGAACUUGUAUCAGAACAGGUUUCUGGGGCUUGCAGCUAUGGCCUCUUCAUCUCGUGCAUCUCAGGGCAGGCGGCGAUGUAAGGACCCGAUUCGGCACAGUUUCAACCCUGAGCAGUUCACCAAUGUGGACUUCCAGAACGGUGUACCUGAGGAGCUGGCGGUGGCCGUGCUGCGCUCCACCAGUGACACUGACCUCGUGACCUCUCACUGCCGCUCCACCCUCACCGUCAGCACCUCCAGCUACACCAUCGGCCAGACGCAGGACAUCACCCUCAGCUGGGACAUCAAGGAGGAAGUGGAUGCGGGCGACUGGAUUGGCAUGUACCUCAUUGAUGAGGUUCUGUCAGAGAACUUUCUGGACUACAAAAACCGAGGUGUGAACGGCGCCCACAAAGGUCAGAUCACCUGGAAGAUCGAGACCAGCUCCUAUUUUGUAGAACCGGAGACUAAGAUCUGUUUUAAAUAUUAUCAUGGAGUGAGUGGAGCCCUGCGGGCCACAACGCCUUGUGUGACCGUGAAAAACCCCUCCGCACCGGUGUUUAAGCUGGUGGCCACAGAUGACGUUCCUCAGGGUCAAAGUAGCAGAAGACUCCUCAGUUUCUCUCUUUCAGAUUUCCAAGCCACCGGUCUGAAGAAAGGCAUGUUCUUCAACCCCGACCCCUACCUGAAGAUUGCCAUCCACCCUGGCAAGCACAGCAUCUUCCCUGCCCUUCCUCACCACGGCCAGGAGAAGAGAUCAGGCAUCGUCUGCAAUACCAUUAAUCCCGUUUGGCAGAGGGAGCGCUUUAAUUUUGUGUCUCUGCCCACGGAUGUAUUGGAGAUCGAGGUGAAGGACAAGUUUGCCAAAAGCCGACCGAUCAUAAAGCGUUUCUUGGGAAAGCUGUCCACGCCGGUGCAAAGAUUACUGGAGAAACAUGCUAUCGGUGAUCGAGUGGUCAGCUACACUCUGGGUCGACGGCUUCCAACAGAGCAAGUCAGUGGACAGCUGCAGUUCAGGUUUGAGAUUACAUCCUCCAUCCACCCAGAUGAUGAGGACAUGUCUUUUAGUACAGAGCAACCAGUGGCAGCAGCAGAAGCUCAAGUCCAGCCUCAGGCAGAAGACACAAUGAGUUUGGACCAGGGGACCCCAGAGUUGCCUUUAGAUGGAGAAACAGCAUCUGUAGAGAUGCCCAUGGAUGUUGAAUCAGCCGAGACAGAUGCUGUAGUGGAAGAGCCUUUAGAGUCAGAGCAGCAGACGCAUCUGGAGCAGCAGGAGGAAGCAGCAGACGAGAGCCAAGAACAAAUGGAGCAAGAAGAGACCAAAGUACAAGAAGAAGAGAUGAACCAAGAAGAAGCAAAAACUGACCGUGCCUUUACCAAUGGGCCUGUAGAGUCUGCAGCAGUCGAAGAGGAGGCAGUGUCAGACCCACAGCCAGUUUCAGAGGAACCCGAUGUGGACCUAGAGGAAGGCUGCUCACUGAGAAUCAGAACCACACCGAGAAGGAAGCCAAGGCCUUGUUCCCUUCCCGUGUCUGAGCUAGAGACGGUCAUCGCAUCUAUCUGCGGAGAACCGGAGACGCCGCGUUCCCAUUACAUCCGAAUCCACCACCUGCUGCACAGUCUCCCAUCCACCGUGAACGCUCCUGAACCCGUCCAGCCACAGAGUGUAGAAGAACAAGAGGAAGACGAGGAAGAGGGUGCGACCCUUGAGCCGCAUGCUUUAACACCCAACGGCCCUCGCAGGACGCUGCCCCGCAGCCGCUCACACGAGCGCCUGUCUGACCUCAUUCAGAUGCUUGAUGGAGAUGGACACCCGCCCAGGGCUGAGGGCCAAACCACAGGUCAAAGGUCACCAGGGCAAAAUGAGUAUGAUUUGAGACCAGUGCAAUGCUGCAGUAAAAUGGCAAAGAGGGCCUCGGGCCCCGUCCGGGCAGCGUCUCUAGACAGCGCACGUCGGUCGGAGAGCACUGUGUUCUCCUCACAGGAUGACGAGGAUGACAUGGACAGGGUGAAUGGUCUUCUGGGACUGGAGGCGGAGACAGGACAAGCCGCUGAGAGCCAGGAGCCAGGGGACGUGAGCUGUCAGUGGGAGGAGGCACCGGACAGUCACGUCCAGAGCCCGCACAGCAUUAUGGGUAAUGGAGAAUCAUCGGUAGCUGAAUCAAGCAGCAGGAGAGAAUGUCCUUUGCCUUGUCACCAUCCUGCAGUGAGCCAGCUGCCCGCCCUGCGGCCCGACCCACAUCACUACCCCACCAUAGACGAGCCGCUGCCACCGAACUGGGAGGCCCGUAUUGACAGUCACGGCCGUGUGUUUUACGUGGAUCACAUUAACCGGACCACCACUUGGCAACGGCCGACAUCUGCAGCCACGCCAGACGGCCUGCGCAGGUCUGGUUCUGUCCAACAGAUGGAGCAGCUCAACAGGAGGUACCAGACCAUCCAGAGGACGAUGGCCACAGAAAGGAGAAACGAGGAGUCAGGAAGUCCUCACAACGAGAGAACGACCAACACUGAGACCGACUCGCCUCCACAGACAACCGAGUUGAGGAGAGACGCCCCGUGUUCUCCAGGUCAUUGUCAGAAGAUCACGUUACUGCUGCAGAGUCCAGCAGUCAAGUUCAUCACUCACCCAGAGUUCUUCACUGUUCUCCACACAAAUUAUGGUGCAUAUCGUAUGUUCACAAACAGCUCGUGUCUGAAACACAUGGUCCUGAAAAUCCGACGUGAUGCCCGAAACUUUGAGCGGUACCAGCACAACCGUGACCUGGUGGCCUUCUUGAACAGGUUUGCAGAUGCUCAGCUGGAGCUGCCGCGGGGCUGGGAGAUCAAAACAGAUGCGCAGGGGAAGUCAUUCUUUGUAGACCACAACAUUCGUGCCACGACCUUCAUAGAUCCCAGGAUCCCUUUGCAAAACGGCAGGUUGCCGAACCACCUGACGCGCCGCCAGCACCUGCAGAGAUUACGCAGCUACAGCGCAGGAGAGGCAUCUGAGGUGUCUCGCACCCGAGGGGUGUCUUUGUUAGCCAGGCCUGGAAACAGCCCUGCAGCAGCCAUACGAAACCAAAGCCAGCCGGAGCCAGUGUCGUUAGCAUACAAUGAGAAGAUUGUAGUGUUUUUACGGCAGCCAAACAUCUUUGAGGUGCUACAGGAACGACAGCCGAGUCUGGCGAGGAAUCACUCGCUCAAGGAAAAGGUGCAUCACAUCCGAACCGAAGGCACACAGAGACUGGAGAAGCUGUCAUGUGAUGCCGAUCUGGUCAUGCUGUUAAGUUUGUUUGAGGGGGAUAUCAUGUCUUACAUUCCUCUCACAUCAUUUCACCCCGGGUUCAACUUCUCUCCACGAUGCUCUCCUGGUUCUUCUCCUCAAAACUCUCCAGGGUCCCAGAGGGCUCGGGCACCAGCGCCCUACCGCAGAGAUUUUGAGGCCAAACUGCGCAACUUCUACAGGAAGCUGGAGGCGAAGGGCUACGGGCAAGGACCCGGCAAGAUCAAACUGAUCGUCAGAAGAGAUCAUCUGUUAGAAGGAACAUUUAAACAGGUCAUGGCCUACUCCCGUAAAGAGCUCCAGAGAAACAAGCUGUACAUCACCUUUGUCGGAGAGGAAGGACUGGACUACAGCGGUCCAUCGCGAGAGUUUUUCUUCCUGCUGUCUCAGGAGCUGUUUAACCCUUACUACGGCCUGUUUGAAUACUCCGCCAACGACACAUACACUGUCCAGAUCAGCCCCAUGUCAGCUUUUGUAGAAAACCAUUUGGAAUGGCUCCGUUUCAGCGGUCGAAUUCUCGGCCUGGCUUUGAUUCAUCAGUAUUUGUUGGACGCAUUCUUCACCCGUCCGUUUUAUAAAGCUCUCCUCAGACUAGCCACGGAUCUCAGUGACCUGGAGUAUCUGGAUGAGGAGUUUCAUCAGAGCUUACAGUGGAUGAAGGAAAAUGACAUCACUGAUGUGCUGGAUCUCACCUUCACAGUCAAUGAGGAAGUGUUCGGACAGGUGACCGAGCGGGAGCUGAAGUCCGGCGGGUCAAACAUGCAGGUGACGGAGAAGAAUAAGAAGGAGUAUAUCGAGCGGAUGGUGAAGUGGAGGGUGGAGCGAGGUGUUGUCCAGCAGACACAGGCUCUAGUCCGGGGCUUUUAUGAGGUGGUGGACUCUCGUCUGGUGUCUGUGUUUGAUGCCAGAGAGCUGGAGCUGGUGAUUGCAGGGACAGCAGAGAUAGAUUUAAACGACUGGAGGAACAACACAGAGUAUAGAGGAGGUUAUCACGAUGGACACAUUGUGAUCCGGUGGUUCUGGGGUGCGGUAGAUCGCUUCAAUAAUGAACAGAGACUGCGUCUGCUGCAGUUUGUGACGGGCACCUCCAGCGUCCCGUACGAGGGCUUCACUGCGCUGCGCGGGAGCAACGGCCUACGACGCUUCUGCAUCGAGAAAUGGGGCAAGAUCACAUCGCUCCCGAGAGCGCACACAUGUUUUAAUCGUCUGGAUCUCCCACCGUAUCCGUCCUACACCAUGUUGUAUGAGAAACUGCUGAUCGCUGUGGAAGAGACCAGCACUUUUGGCCUUGAGUGAGGACUUAUUCACCUUCCUCUCAGUGACCUUUCCAUGUACACCACAUGUAAUUAUCUACUAGCGUGGAUCGUGGAUUCUUGGACCGUGUCCAGUGUCCAUUUCUUUGGUGUGUUCAGGACACCACUGCAUGCACCAGGCACCUGUGCGGGUGGACAGUGUGUAACGUGUAUGCAAUAGUGAAAGAGAAGCCUUCAACACGCUUUAACACUCAGGGUCUCGACCUCUGCUGAAGUUGGUCUCAGUUCGCACAUCAUUUCACCACAAACCACGUCCAGCAUCCUUUUCCUUUGGUGCAUUCUCACGUUGACAAAAGUUGUAAAGUUAAAACCAAAUAUGCUUGGAGAACAUAUCUGAUUGACAUCUCGUAAUUACUGUAAAUGUGUGCACUAGUUUACAUUACACGGCGCUAUCACAGGAAGUGCUUUGCAGGAGUCCGAUGGGGAAAGGGCUAGUCUGAACUGUAAUUUGACACUUUUGAUUUAUUCGUUUGUACUAAUCAAUACAUUUUAAUAUUAAAAUCAUUAAUGCAUCAAACAUAUUUAAGGAUGUUUAAGGCUUCAUGAUGCCUUGUCUGUAGUACCUGAAUGAAUUUCCAGUGUUGGAACUCGAUUGCUUUCAAUGAUUUGAUGUUUUUGGGUUUAAAAAGUCAACAUAGGAAGUUUACUUAAAUGUUAACAUUAAAAGAAAAAAUGUUAAGAAUAAAUGUGAUGUUUAUUAUUUUGUAGAGCGGGAUUUUAAACCAAUAAGACUGCACUAUCCAGCAUAACAAAACAUGAAAAACAAGGGACUGAAAAUGACUCAUCAGUGGUUAGAUGCAUCUAGAUAAGAAACUGUGUAAAGGUGCAUUCAUGGCGACGGGGAUUUAUAGUGUUUCACUAUAAACCAGUGGUGAUGCGAUACUUUAUGCAAAUGAGUAGAGUAAAGAUGUCUCAGAAGAAAAUGCUCAUAAUGAGCAGCUUUAUGUGAUUCUUAAUGCACUACUGCAGUUUGUAUAUAUGUUUUCCUUUAGCAUGUUCAUUUUUAGUAAUGAAAUACUUUUUAUUUAUUGUAUUUUUAUGUACUUUUUCAGUUUUCUAAACCAGAUCAUGUUGGGGUUAUUGGCUGCGCAAAUCAUCUUUUUUGCUCAUUUGAAUAAAGUUCAACUGUUUGUCUAGACUUUUCUGUCUCAUCGCCAUCUCUCAGUCACUUAAAAAUUACUUGAAAAGUUACUUCUAUUUUCCUGAUGCUAUGAUAUGCACUCGCUUUCCCUUAUGUUUAGAAAAUGUGUUUUUGUUUUUCUGUUCAUGUCUUUUUAUGACUUAGAAAAUGGUGAGGGGAUUGAAACAAAUGAAAGACCAAAAAUAGUAAAUAAUUGUUCACCACAUGCCAUGUUUGUCAGAGUGUUUUAGCUGUGUGUGUUUAAAGAGCAGUAAGAUACUCUGAGAGUGAUUUAUUUAUUUAAAAAGGAAACUGGUUUAAAUGUCAGGACUUUUUUUUUUUUUUAUCUCAGGGUGGUUUGUUCUGUGGGUUGGUCCCAUGCUCACAUUUCGAUUACUGUUCAUGUUUACAUUUUGAAAUUAAGUGAAUGUGUGUAUUAUACAUGAAAUGGUCAUAAAUUGUCUUAACAUGAUGCCAUUUCAAGGUGCAUGUGUCUCUGUCUAAAUCAAACUUGACAGAAAAAAAAAAAGUUUUGUCUUCUAAUAAUUUCUAAAUGGCUUCGUUCAGCCCCCAAAAAUAAAUAUAAUAAUAAUAAUAAUAAUGCUUUGAUUAUGAAGAAGAAUGGGAAAGUCAUACAUAAUGACAUUAGGGUGAAUAAAUUAUGUUUUCCUGAAGUUUUCAUUUUUGGGUGAACAUUUAUUUUAGUGUGUUGAUGAAGAACAAGCCAUUUUGAUCAUGUCUGAAAAGUAAUUCUGCUAAAAACAACUGCAGCUCAAACACUCAUCUUAAGAUAUUAGGAAUGUAGAAAGCGCGUUUGUAUUAUUUAUCCCAAUUAAGAAAUUAUAAAAAUGUCUGUAUAUCAAAUGUGUACAUUUUAGCUUGAACAGUCUAUGUAAAAUCAAGAUUUUAAAAUGUGUCGAAUCAAUUCAACAGCCAACAAUUCAUCUUUUUUUAAAACAUGUCUUCAUACUUGCUGUUUGCAUACUGUUAGUUUUCUAAGAUGUAUGUUAGUAUGCAUAUUUGGUUGGAAUUGUAAGAAAUGCGACACUUUGGCGCUUGUGAAGGACGUUACUUGGCGCUUGUGAAGGACGUUACUUCGUUUAUCAAGACGCGCAGAAAUUUGACAAUGUGAGAGAAAUGAGAAGAAGGUUCUGAAACAUACUCUAUAAACAUGGCAUUCUGGGAAAUACAGAAAGAUUUGGCUCCUGCUUCCACCUCGGACACAUCCACUAGCCUGCUUAUGUCUUUUUACACUUUAAUUUAUGUGUAUGGAAGAGAAUAAGAGCGGAUGAUGAAUAAAUGUUGUGAAUUGUGUAUUGAGGUCACUUCUAGCGCCUCUCUCAGGCUGAGCUCUGUAACUACAGCAUUACACUGUUAACGAAUGUCAAUAAACAAUCACUUUCUAAUGCAGCUGAA